AUGGCAGGCGAGUCCUCUCGAGGCGAUGGUGCUUCUAGCAGUCAAGAUCGCGAAGCCACCAAGCUCAAUCAGAUCAUACAGCAUUUCCACUCCAAGGCGGCGUUGAUGAUUUGCUCUUCCCGUGCAAAUUUGCCGCAGGUGUACAACAGGAAUGGGGACAUAAAACAAAAUCGAUGGUUCAACGUGGUACUUGACGAUACCGACGUCCUGUCAGAUGACUUGCAGCCGUGGAGACGGUCCGAUCUGGCAGAAAACAAACCUAGACCACUUGUGAUUGAGGUGUAUCUCGAUACGUCUCAUCUUUCACACAACCAGGCCCUGGUCGUCAUAGAUGAAGCUGGGAAGCGAUGGGAUGUUGCAGACGCGCUCGGUCCCAUGGCUGAUUCCAGUUCACGUCCUCCCAGAAAUGGUGGGCGAUUCUGCGAGGUGGUGCUCGAGCGGUGGACAGUCGAACUCGGCGACGCCAACGACGAUUUUUCCGCUUCUGAGUUGAACGAUGCCCUGCCGAACGUAUACAAGAAAGGCGUUGUGCUGUUCAGGUCGCUCUUCAGCUUCSCACGCUUCCUACCAGCGUGGAAGCUACAUCGUAAACUCACCAGGCAGCCGGGCAGCCACCAGGCUCUUCGAUUGAAGUUUCGCAUCAAGCAGGGGCAUAGCUCGCGGAGCAGUCGUAAAGACUUGCUGUAUGCUCCCUUGUGCCCAUCGGAGCAACCGUCGGGUUCGGUAGUAGAGCGAUACCCGAUCGCACCACUGGUGUGUCGCUCCGGCCCGCUGUCCAUUUCGGUGGACUAUCGAAUAAGCUGCGAUUUUACCGUUGCAGACUCAGAGGCACUGCUCAGCUCACGUUUUCUGGGUCUUGAUGAGGGUCCUCAAACGAUGCCGGUGGGGAGGUCGUUGCCGGGUGCUAGGAGCGAUCAAUCUCGUGCUCGCUACAGUAGCCUAGCUGGUCCUACCGGCGAACAGAGGGCGCGAGUCGGUGCAUACGGCAGCCUUGGCACCUUCCACGCCGCCGACAAGAGGRCUUCGCCGGUCACGGAAUUGAAACAACGAGUUCGUGACGAAGACGAAGACACUUAUCAAGAUAUGGAUCGAUUCAACGCCCUCAGUGAGCAGAAGAAGACGGACUCACAUCGGCGGCCUUCCGUUAGCCUGGUCAACAACCCACCGUUCAAAGGCGGUUCACUGGCAUCAUCGCCGAGACCAUCCCCGUCGCCGGGUACAUCAGGCGGUGGUAGCAGAGCCGCUGGCGAGUUUAUGCGUCUAGGGACGUCCGCUGGUAGCAAGCGCGUUUCUCUGAAUACUCUGCCCCAGCAGGCGCUUAGAGCGCCACCUAGCGAGACCGCAAUCGCUUCGUCAGGCUCUUCCUCCCCGAAGCCGACACCACUGCACCGCUACAGCAGCAGCUUCGCAGGCCGCACCAAGCGCUUUGUUUCUCCUGGUAGUAAGACCACGGAAAGCAACAUCAGCUCAGGCCGCAACAGCAGCUCGUCAAAGGAGAAGCCCACUGGUCAAUUCACGUCGGGAACGCCCGGCAGUUCUGGAAGUGGCCAGACCGAUGAAGAUGACAUUGCAGCAUUCAUUUCACAAGUCGAAAGCGCCAAAGACCUGCGCAGUUUACAUUCUCGCCCAGCGUCACGCGGCAAUACCGUGAAUCUCGCAAAGUACAGCAUGAUGCGCGACCCUGGGCUCCAGCUGGCUGAGGAAAUGAGCUCCUCGUCGCUGAUACAGUCAUCGGUGACGCCACCCAGUCGGCGUCUGUCCAACGUCCCUGGCUUAUCGAUUUCUUCCUCUCCGUCACGCGCACUGGCUCAUCAGCCGCACGUUCGCUCCCGGCUUUCAACACAUAGCAUCGCGGAAGAGACGUCGGGUGCCUCUGGCGUGUCGGGUGUGUCGGGUGCCYCUGGCGCGUCAGGUGAAGGCUUAGAAAGCCCGAAGAUCCAAGAGGAAGACGAAGAUGAGGAUGAUAUGCCUUUCAUAUUCGCCAGCGAUCAARUUUAG